UUCAUUUUAUGGUUCUCUUAUUUAUUUUUGGCUAUUCAUAAUAAUGUUACGACAAAGUAAAGAUUAAACAGUGACAUUUACUGUUGAUUAAGAUUUGUGUGUGUGUUUAUCCUGCUUUGCAAUCUAGGAAUAUCAGAUGAAACCUGGGAAAGCUAUGCCAAACCACACAACACCGUUGGAUGACGCUCCGAGGCAAGGUCAAACCCAGCUGUGCAUGAAAGUGUUUGUCCAACGGGAUUACAGUGACGGGACUACAGUCCGUUUUCAAACGCAUUUCCCCUCUGAACUGGAAGGAAAACUGGACCGAGCAGCGUUUGAGUACACAGUCUCACAGCUGAACACCUACUUCGCUGAGGCUGAGAAGGGUUCUUGCAGCACUUACUGUGAAGGCUGCCUAGCCUGCCUCACAGCCUACCUAGUCUACAUAUGUUCCGAAACACACUAUGAGAAGUGUUUACGGAAAGUAGCCAAGUUUGUGAUGGAACAAAAUGAGAGAGUGUACAUGCCAAGAGGACUUCUACUGACAAGUCCGGUGGAGCGAGGGUUGCGAGUUAUAGAGAUAUCAAUUCUGGAUCAGCCGAUGGUCGCUCGAACAUGACUCAGUCUCUCCGAGUCUACAGAGGAGUUUUUUAUGUGACUUAUCUACCUUGUGUUUGGCAAACACACUGGAGUCUUCCCCGCAACAUCGUCCAGCUACCAGAUUCUCACCUAGCAACCUGAAGUAGAAAAGAAUUAACAUAUGUUAGUUUCCUGUGUCAAUCUACAAUCGUUUCAGUGUGAAAGUUUGAUUUGACUUUAACUUUGUUAGAUUUGAUUCAUAGGAAACCUGAAAGAUUUUUUUAAAGUUUGUUUAUAUGGUUUUAGAAAAGAUUUAUGUAUUUGAUUGGCUUGUGACUCGAAAAUAUUGGUACUGUGCAUAUAGUUUGAACUCAACUAUAUGUACAUUCCUUAACUCAUUUGCUGAAACCUGAAAGCCCUUCAUGGUAAUCAGUUUAAACUCUAUGGUAUUUUUGAGCAGGUAAACUGUAGGAAAUUUAGUAUUUUGGUUGGUGUGUUUAUAGGGAUACAAAAUUCCAUUCAAAACCUUUUUUUUCAUUUGUUUGCAAGAAGAGUGUAAACUCGAGUGUUUCAAACUUCAAAUUAAGUAGGCCCUUUACCGUUAAUUUUAAUUGGUGGAACUAUCAAUGGUUCAUCAGAUGAUUAUUGGAAUCAACUGAUCAUUUCUAGGUUUUCUAUUACAAGUGUAGCGAAUUUGUCGAUUGAAUCAGUGCUAUUCAAUUUGUACGAUCCAGAUAUUGAUCAAACUUAACUUUAUCAUAACAAUAAUAAAUAAACUAAAAAUUCAAAAAUGGACUAUUAGUUAAGUUUUUAUUUUCAAUUUAAAUAUUUUUUUGUGUUCAAAACUUCAAAGAUUAAAAUCUAAAUCCACAGACUGAACUCAGUUAAUUAUCGGCUGGAAUUUGGUGAAGUAAUGCCCUCUGUAAACUCGAUUGUUGAAUGUUCCUUGUUGAAUUUUGUUUCAUUACAUGGUUGACAUAAUUUAUCGUUAUUUGUAACUAAAAUAAUUUUAAACUUUUUUUGUAGAUAGUUUUUUGUAGUGGUGUAAUUAUUUUUAAAUAUUGUAUGACACACUUUUUUGCAGGUCGUAUUUAGUUAAGUUUUCUCGCUCCUUAAAAGUGUGACAGGCUUGUUUAAAAGACCAAAAUUGUAUAUAUUGUUUUAUUGUUUGGGAUAGUCUAAAAAAGUGUAUUAUAUACUAUUUCGAUUUGAUAUUUUGUUAAUAAAACUUAAAGGGAAGCUCAUUAAAAGUUUUUUAAUGUGUUUACGAUUACUCUUGUACUGUAAAAUAACUACAGUCGGGACCACGUAAGUUUGCAGUUGGCGGCAGCCAAUCACAAGACAAGGCUAGUGCGAUGUUGCCACAUCGCCCGUUGACAACACUAAUAAUAUUUUCACACUAAGUAAAGUAACACUGGUAACACUAAGUAACACUGGUAACACUAAGUAGUAAGUAAUGGUAAGUUUAUAUACACUAAGUAAUAUUUUCAAAUCAGCUGGUAUUAUUAGAUUUGGCAACACCUCAUUCGGUUCUCAUUGGUUCAUUCAAAACCAUAUGGUAAAUAGACACUACAACUGCUCUCUCAACUGCAAACUUACGUGGUCUCGACUCUAGGCUUCUUUUUGUUCAUAAUUUUAUCAUCUGCAAAAAGUAGUUAAGUUUUUCUAAUCAGCUGACUUGAAUUUCUUUUUACUUUCAGCUGAAAUUUCUUACAUAAUAAACUGGCAGGACCGCUAUAUUAUCCUGAUAGUUUUUCUUUCACUUUUGCUCCAGCAAAUUAUGGAAAGUGAUAUCAAAUUUAAAUUUUCUUUUUAUACAAAUUCAUACCAUAAUGUUUUAUUACUUUGAUGCAAUUGAAUACUGUUUGAUAUUUAUUUCAGUACAGAUAGUUCAUAACAUAAUAAUAGUAUUUUAAAACUGAGUUGCCACUUAAAAGUUAAAAUACUCUUAAAUUAUUUCGGUUUUAAAUCUGUGUAUGCAACUAUCCUUUGAUUGUAUACAUUUUAGGUUGUUAUAUGAUUAAACUAAAUGAAUUGAUUUGAUUUCAGUUUAAUUUAUUUACAAAGUUGGUGUUAGUUUCUAAUAUGUAUAUAGUUUUAACUCAAACUUAAAACUUUCACAGGCUGGUUUUGUGUACUGUAAAAGUUGGUAGUUAUAAAUUUAUUUAUUAGAUGUGUGCUUAUAAUUGGAAGAACUACUAAAUAAUAGAUGGAUUUCCACUUUAAGGAAACAAAUCUUUAUUUGAAUAACGAUUAUUAACCUUCUAUCAAGAUCAACCUAUUUAGAACAAUUGUUUUUUAUAAUAUUUGUUUUGAGAGUCUGUCAAUCUUGGUGAGACACGCAAUGUGGUCAAUUAUUAUGACAAUUGCGAUUUCAAGAAGUUAGUUUUUAUAUAGAAAGCAAGAUGUACCAAUUAGUUUUAGGCUGUAAAAACUAUUUGUUUGUAUAUACAAACUGAAGAGUACACCAGUUUUUAACUGUACAAAUAAUUUAUAAACGUCUGUAAAAUAAAAUAAAAAAUUGAUGAAACUAAAAUCCCUUUGUGUUAAGGAUUCCAGAAACUUGCCACUCACACAAAAUAUGAUACAUCCUUCAAUUCUAAUUUCAAAGGUUUAAAUUUGACCAUCCUGCUUUCAAUAUGAAAACAAAAUAUUUAAAAUAUUUAAACCUAAAAUAAGGAGAAAUGUCAAAAAAAAUUUAGAACCACAAAUACUUGGGUUUGAGAGACUAGUUUGUAUGUUAAUAUGAAGAAUUAAAUCUUCUACUAUCAUAUUUGAAUUUCAUUAUUUGCAUUUCACACAUCAUUGUUUGUGUACCACAUAUCUAUUGUAAUGAAUGACUGUUAGUUCAUAAUAUUUCUUCUUGCAAGAGUUUGAAGUGUUCAUUCCCCCUUCGAUGUUGUAUGGGUGACAGUUGUUUGCCAAAAUAUGUAUGUUUCCUCUAUUAAGAUACUUAUUUAUUUGAUUAUAUUUUGUUUACCUACAUUAUGUAAAUAAAAAUAUAUUUUAUACAAAACUA